AAAGAUGUUGCUGUUUUGAAAAAAUGAAGCAGAGCUGAGGUGGAUGAGGUGCGCAAGUGAAGGGAGCAUUGAAUUUGAUCAUGGCCUUCUUGUUGCGUGCAGGAGGCCUCGCAAGAUCCUGUACUGUAGCCGGUCAUCGAGGAUUCCAUGUCCUGGCAAGUCGCUCUCCCACGGUUGCAGUGGCACCGUCACUGCUCCAGACUGCAGCCCGAAAAAACAGUAUUGUUGAUCAUUCAUUUGCACAAUCGCGACGCCACUGGACAAGCUGGCUCGGGGGUUCUAGCUCUACCACGCCAGUGCCGACAGUGUCAGAGGCUGGUGAGGACUUGAAGGAUCUAUCGCCGUCGUAUGGAGCACUGCAGGACAGUGGUGAUAAAACAGCGUCAGCUUUAGAUGCGGUGGGCAAUGUUUCGUCCGCCAAUGCUGUUGAAGCAGCAUCCGAAGCGGCGGUCACGGCCGCGGAUUCCGCUGCCAGUGCCGCGGCGCCGGUGGCGGCCAAGACAAUGCUGAGCGGUCCGUCGCUGUCCAGCUCUGCCUGGUACUACCUGCCUAUGGCCAGCGUGCAGGCGUUUGUUGUCUACUUGCACACGGUGCACGGCCUGCCGAUCUGGGCAUGCCUAGGUGCUGUUGCCAUUACUCUGCGUCUUACACUCGUACCCAUACAGAUACAGAUGCUGAAGUGCGGUGUAGUCCUCCAGAACCACAUGCCCCAGCUGAAUGCUCUGCAGAGCCGUACGCUGAUGGCCACUAAGAGGCACGACGACGAGGCAAUCAAGAGGCUGAAGGCCGAGGCCGACGGUCUCUUCAAGAAGAUGGGCUGCACGCCGUGGACCAGCCUCCGUUACUCCACCAUGAUGAUGCCGUUCCAGGUGGCCUGCUUCUUUGCUAUCCGUGACAUGUGCCUGGGGCUGGCGGCCACCUCGCCGGUCAGCAUGCAGACCGGCGGGUUCUUCUGGGCGCCAGACCUGACCAUCCCGGACCCGUACUUCGUCAUGCCCGUGCUCCUGUCCGCCGUGUUCCUGACGGCCGUCAUGCUGGGAUCUGAGAACGGCAUGCGCCCGACCGGCUGGAUGAAGCACUUCCUGAUCGGCAUCAGCAUCGCCGGGGCAGGACUCACCUCGCAGUUCCCGAUGGGCCUGCAGAUCUUCUGGCUGUUCAACAUCUCCAUGGGCGUUUCGCUGUCCAGGCUCUACCGGUGGCCGUCCGUUCGACCUCUGCUCGGCAUGCCAGACAUGGUCGAGCACCCGGACGGUGUUGUUAAGCCCGGCAUCAACCUGGAGCAGAUCCGCGAGUUCUUCACCUCGCCGUCCGGCCCGCCCGGCAAGUCGGCCAGCCAGGAGGAGCGCAUGAAGUUCAUCGCCAAAGGCCUGGAGGAGAAGAUGAAGGAGGACGCCAAGCGGCGCCAGAAGACCGCGCACCGUUUCAAGGGACUCGACGAGGGCCUGACGGCGGCACGAGGGCGACAGAGCUCGAGUCGCAAGGACAGCGGAUAGGCUACUAGUGACACGCUGCUGUGAACUAGCCGAGGAGACAAUGCCCUCAUCCGACCUUCAGUGAUGUUGUCUAAGGGCUGCACCGUACCCUGACGUCUAAGCUAUCUCCGUGGCCACACGUUGACCUCUGACACUUGGUGGCGGCGCUCACAUCGGACUGGGCUGCCUGUUGGAAUGCGCCGAUUUCCGAUGGCGCAUCCCUGCAGUUGCGGUGCCGAGUAAAACACAGGUGGCACUGGUGCUUUUUACUGGUGAACAGAUCUGCUGCCGUCGUGCUGUGCUUACUGGUCGAUGCGUUGGUGUUGUUGGUGGUGGUGGUGUUGUUGGUGGUGGUGUUGUUGGUGGUGUUGUUGGUGGUGGUGCCGUGAAGCCUUUCCAUCCAGUGUGAGCUGACGACUCUUUGCACCGUUCUCACAUUGGUGGUGUGGUGAGUUCUCAGUCUGCUCACCUGGCGACAUUUAUCUUUCAUAGUACGGCCGGCCGUGGCAAUACGACAAGUAUUCGCGUCUGAAUGUGCCGCUCCUUGGCCUGGCGUGCAUUUUUACCCGGCCAACUAGUGCUGAGUGGCGGGUAAGCCCUGCUCGUCUGACCCACCUGUCCCGUCAUGUGUGGUAAGCCCUGCUCGUCUGACCCGCCUGUCCCGUCGUGUGUGGUAAGCCCUGCUCGUCUGACCCGCCUGUCCUGUCGUGUGUGUGUACCCGGCGGCGGCGGGGUUUCCGUCAAUUUGUAUCCUGUCGUUUUCCGGUGCUGCUACUGCUGCUUCUGUCUCCUUUUCAUGCCCCAGCUACUUCUUAACAGCUACUUCUUGCCCGUUUUAAAGCGUCGUUUGGACGCAUUUGUUUUUGCCGAGAGCACGGUUGUUUGUGUGACCGUGCUGGUUUUGUAUUUUCUCAGACUUGGAAUUAGGAAUUAGUGCAUGCCCGCCGCUCACUCUCUUUCUCCCUCAGGCAUGCUUGUGCCCAGACAGCAGUCCUGGACUGGUCUCGUGUUCGGUCGGAAAAACCCGAACCCAAUCAGCAGGCGACGACGAUGGCGACGACUGCCGUUAUUAUUGUAUUUAUCGCUGUCCGCUUUCGGCGCCCUUACAAAGCAGUUUCUGUCACUCGGGGAGCUCUCUUCUCUCCGAUCUAUCGUUCUCUUGUUCAAUCUCGAGCUCAGCUAUUUUGCAGGCGAAUCUCCUCAGUCUCUGGUCUCUUGUCUUUAACCAAUAUGCUCUCUCUUGUUGUGUCUACAAUAGUAGUUUCUAUGCCCUCCUUGGCUUCCCUCACCUGCGCUUUCUCAAUGGAAUAAUAAAGAGACGGUUACUUUGUGCACAAAGGUGCACUACAUCA